AUGGCUCAGGCGACAUGCGCGGCGGCCCACAGCGUCUGCGACAACGUAGACCAGACUUUCUCAUCUUCAUCUUCGUCUUCAUCUUCGUCCUCAUCGGGCCAGGAUUCCAGCCAAGCAGGCAACAAGCCAGUUCAACCCACCACGGCAAGUCCUACACCAUACCGCCCUAGUCUGGACUUCAGCGGACUGAGGAAACAACCAGGAAGUAAUCCCCCGCCCAUGGGUACUUCCCAAAGUCUGACCAGAGCGCGGGACGCAGCUCAAGCCUUUAACAAAUUUUCCUCCAAGCUCUACGACACCCUGGCCAAAGAAAAACCUGCAGAGAACCUGUUCUUUAGUCCACUGAGUAUUGCCACCGUCAUGUCUAUGGUUUCUUUAGGGGCAAAUGGAAAUACAAAAGAUGAAAUGGAUACCGUGCUUUCGCUGAAGACUUUGCCAGAAAAGAACGCGGGUCUCCAGGCCUUGAACGGAAUUUUGUUCGGUGAGGAAAGGACAUACAUACUACGGGCGGCCAACAGGCUGUUUGCAAACCCGUCUUACUCAUUCCGUACAGCUUAUCUACGGCUCUGUGAGUCCAUCUUUAAUGCUUCACUUCGGGGAGUGGAUUUCCGGAACCCCGUUGCAGCCGCUAACAUCAUCAACAGAUUUGUAGAGGAGCAAACCCAGUCGAAGAUCAAGAACUUGCUUCCACCCUCGUUGAUAAACCAAAACACUGUGAUGGUCCUCGUCAACGCUAUUUACUUCAAAGGCACUUGGAGGCGGCAAUUUGACGAGAGAGCAACUGAAUUGAAAAUCUGGUACCAGCCUGUGUCAGGGUCCAGAUCCUUUGUCUCAAAAAGUACGAAGAUGAUGUAUCAACGCGGAAGCUUUAAUUACAAAUUUAGCCGCGAACUGAACAGCAGGAUUCUUGAGGUUCCUUACAGCGGCGAUGCCAGCAUGUUCAUCAUUCUGCCCGAAGUGUACAAUGGCUAUUUGGAAGUUGAGAAGAAACUAAGUUUACCCGGUGGUUUGAACCAGGCUCUGUCAGGACUAACAAACAGCACCCUUGACGUGCAUCUUCCCAAGUUUACUCUCAAGAAUAUGAAGGUCAACUUGAAGGCACCCUUGAACGCAAUGGGGAUGGUGGACGUCUUCGAGCGUUCCAGGGCUGAUCUAUCCGGUAUCGCCAUCCAAGCGAAUGGUCUCUAUAUUUCGGCGGCUCUUCACGAGGCUUUUAUAGCAGUAGAUGAGAAGGGGACGGAGGCGGCGGCGGCCACCGCUGCAGUGGCCUCGGCGCGCUCCAUGAUGUCAUCCCCUCUCUUCAAUGCGGAUCAUCCCUUCAUUUUCCUAAUAAGGGAGAAGUCAACUGGUGCCUUAUUAUUCAUGGGCCGCCUCGUGGACCCAACGGGAUCGUCUAUGUAG